AUGCCGGCCGGCAGCCUGUUGCCGCUGUUCAGCGGCCCCGCCGGGCCGGGCCCUUCGGGGGUCGCCGCCCUAGGCGGGGGGGCUGCGCUGGGCGGGUCGGGGCCGCGCAAGGGCCCCGGCCCCGGCGGCGCCUUCCGCCUGACGGAGAAGUUCGCGCUGCUGCUGGUCUUCAGCGCCUUCAUCACGCUCUGCUUCGGGGCCAUCUUCUUCCUGCCCGACUCCCCCAAGCUGCUCAGCCACGUCUUCUUCCACCCCGCCGCCCUCCAGCAGCAGCAGCAGCCGCCGUCGCCUCCGCCGCCCGCCCCGGGGGAGCCGCGCGCCCCGCAGCCCCCCGCCGCCGCCAGCAGCAGCAGCUGGGCGGCGGCGCACCUGGCCCGCAUCCGCGAGGACCACGAGCGGGCGCUGCGGGAGGCCAAGGAGACCCUCCGGAAGCCCCCCGGCAAGAUCCGCAGCGACAUCGACCGCGACAAGAGCCGCUUUCGCCAGAAAGCGGAGCUGCCCCCCCGGCCUUUCCGCCAGCCCCCGGGAGCCGCCGGCGAGGAGCCCGCCGACCCCCUCGUCCGGCAGAAGCGGGCGAAGAUCAGAGAGAUGAUGAAACAUGCCUGGGAUAAUUAUAAACAUUACGCAUGGGGAUUAAAUGAACUGAAACCCAUAUCAAAACAAGGACAUUCAAGCAAUCUAUUUGGUAAUAUUCAAGGAGCAACAAUUGUAGAUGCCUUGGAUACACUAUAUAUCAUGGAGAUGAAAGAUGAAUUUAAAGAAGCCAAAGAGUGGGUGGAGAAAAAUCUAGAUUUUGAUGUGGAUGCAGAAGUCUCUGUUUUCGAAGUAAACAUCCGUUUUGUUGGUGGGCUGCUUUCAGCAUACUAUCUUUCUGGAGAAGAGGUAUUUCGAAAGAAAGCAGUGGAACUAGGAAAGAAGUUGCUUCCAGCCUUUAAUACUCCCACAGGAAUUCCUUGGGCAUUGUUGAAUAUCAAAAGUCGCAGAGGUCGAAACUGGCCUUGGGCUUCAGGAGGAAGCAGUAUUUUGGCGGAAUUUGGAACUCUGCAUUUGGAGUUCAUGCAUCUAAGCUACUUAUCUGGAAAUCCAGUAUUUACUGAAAAGGUGAUGAACAUUCGAAGAGUUUUAAAUCAGCUAGAUAAACCAGAAGGCCUUUAUCCGAACUACUUAAAUCCUAAUAGUGGCCAGUGGGGACAACAUCAUGUCUCAGUUGGAGGGCUUGGAGACAGUUUCUAUGAAUAUUUGCUUAAGGCAUGGCUGAUGUCAGAUAAGACUGAUGAAGAAGGCAAGCAAAUGUAUUAUGAUGCUGUUCAGUCCAUAGAGACCCAUUUGAUCAGGAAAUCCAACACUGGUUUGAUGUACAUUGCUGAGUGGAAGGGUGGCCUGCUUGAACACAAAAUGGGCCACCUGACUUGUUUUGCAGGAGGGAUGUUUGUUCUGGGUGCAGAUGGAGCCCCUGCUGAUAAAACUGAACGUCACAUUGAACUUGGAGCUGAAAUUGCCCGCACAUGUCAUGAGUCUUAUGAUCGCACAAGCAUGAAGCUGGGACCAGAAGCCUUUAGAUUUGAUGGUGGAGUUGAGGCAAUUGCUACAAGGCAGAAUGAGAAAUACUACAUCUUGCGACCUGAAGUUAUAGAAACCUACAUGUAUAUGUGGAGAUUCACCCAUGACCCAAAAUAUCGGCAAUGGGGUUGGGAAGCUGUAGAGGCAUUGGAAAAAUACUGCAGAUUAGAUGGUGGCUAUAGUGGUGUCAGAGAUGUUUACAGCAGCCAUCAAAGCCAUGAUGAUGUGCAGCAGAGUUUCUUCCUUUCAGAAACACUCAAGUACUUAUACCUGUUGUUCUCUGAAGAUGAUCUUCUUCCAUUUGAACACUGGGUCUUUAACACUGAGGCACACCCGCUACCAGUUCUCUCCAAAGAAGAAGAGGAAAAGGAAAAAAGAAAGUAGAUAAAAUAAUCAUGAUUAGGCCAGCACAUUAUAGAUUUAUGAAAACCUGGGUAAUUUUUUGAGUUUCGAUCCAGUUUUUUGCAGUCUAAUGUUUACCCAUAUACUAUUUAACAGGGGACUGAAAUAUGCAUUAAUGAUAAUUAAUCUUAUUUAUG